UGAAGACGGAUACUGAACAAUGUGCCCUGAGCAUGUCUUGGUGUGAAUAGUGGCUUGUUUGGUUGUCCAUUCUCUCAUACUGUUUUUGUAUUCAGGUCAAAAGUGUCAGUCAAGCAAAAUCUCUCCCCUCCCUGUCCCACAAGAAAGUGAAAUUACAAACUUGUUGUCCCCUUAGAUUCCUUUCUUUUUUACCUCUCUCUCAUCUUGCUAAAUCAGUUUGUGGGUCACCCAAUGUUUCUUUUGUCAGGAUUCUCUUGCACUACCAAUAACAAAGGACUAGAAACAAGUAUUGAAAUUGAAGCCCUACACUUAAAAUAAAGUGGAAGAGCCAGAGUCUCUCGCUCCCCUCUCAACCUUUCACCAUCUAUAAGGAGUUGCCUUCUUCCUAGUGAUUUUGCUUCCAAAGCUUGUCAUGGCUAGAUCCUCUCUAAACUCCUCUUCCUCUAAGAGACACUUUCACUGGACCAAAAAGGUUGGCUCUGAUGAUGAGGUUCCAACCUUCAAGUCCUUUUCAAAAACCAAUGAGGAAGAGAAAAAGGAGAAUCCCAAGAGCAACUUCUCAACUCAAACUCCAAAGAAGAAACUGCCUGCUCUGGCCGUUUCUCGGCUCCGGCUGGCUCUUGCUGCUCUUGGUAGGAACCGGUCACAGCUACCGCUUGGACCUAGAGUCGUCGGUACCCUCUUUGGGAACCGCCGUGGCCAUGUUCACUUUGCCUUUCAGAAGGAACCCAAUUCACCACCAGCGUUUCUUAUUGAGCUAGCAACACCAAUCAGUGGUUUGGUUAGGGAAAUGGCAUCAGGGUUAGUGAGGAUUGCAUUGGAGUGUGAUAAAGAGAAGGAAGAAGAAAAGAGCAAGGCAGUGAGAUUGCUUGAAGAGCCAGUGUGGAGGACUUACUGCAAUGGCAAGAAAUGUGGGUUUGGUACAAGGAGGGAAUGUGGAGCAAAGGAGUUGAAGAUUUUGAAAGCUGUAGAGCCAAUUUCAAUGGGAGCAGGUGUUUUGCCUGCUGCUGCAGGGGAUGAAGAAGCAGCUGAUGGUGAGGUCAUGUACAUGAGAGCUAAGUUUGAAAGAAUUGUUGGGUCUAGAGAUUCUGAAGCUUUUUACAUGAUGAAUCCUGAUAGCAAUGGAACUCCUGAACUUAGUAUCUACUUGCUUAGAGUCUGACUGCAACCAUGGGAAAAGUCUCAGUACCCUUUUUCUUUCUGUUUAAUGGGUUAUGGCUAGUAAGUUUAGAUCUUGAACCAUGGUAAUGGAGCUUGGAGGGCUAGCUCUCUAUCUCCAAUUACUUUAUGUUUUUCUUUCUUUUUUCUUUCUUCACUCUCCUGUUGAGAAAAUGGGAGGUGGGGCUUUCAGUGUAUUUUGGUAGUAGUAGGUGGAGGGGGGAAAGAAAUACAUUACAGGUAAUAUGAAUGGGAGGUGGGGUCAUCAAGGUGUACAUGUGUAGUUCUUUUUUUUUCUUCAUAUCCUAUGUUAAUGGAGGCAAAUGCAAUCAUCAUGGUCAUUGAA